GGGCCCGAAUUCGACUGGUCACCAGAAACGAUUGGAGUUAUUGACUCGUCAUUCUUCUGGGGUUAUUUAAUAACACAGAUUCCAGGGGGAUUUCUUGCUGGCAAAUAUCCUGCAAACAGUGUACGCCGCCUACUGAACAUUUAUGUGGUCCGAUUGGGAUGUUACACGUGUUCGUGUAUUCUUAAAGUUGGGUGUAUUCAGUACUCACGUACCAAUGUUUUGCAGGGGGUCACAUACCCAGCUUGCCAUGGUAUCUGGCGACAUUGGGCGCCGCCUCUGGAACGUAGCCGUCUUGCUACACUAGCGUUUUGUGGUUCUUAUGCUGGAGCUGUGAUGGGAAUGCCUCUAUCAGGAAUGUUAACUGAUUACAUAGGAUGGCAGGCAUGUUUUUAUUUCUACGGUGCUUGCGGAUUGAUAUGGUACAUUUUCUGGAUGUGGCAGUCAUUUGAGAAGCCUUCGAAACAUCCAACUAUAACUCAAGAAGAACUCAUCUAUAUCGAACACAGCUUAGGCGAUGCUGUUGGUCAAUGCCCUUUUACUCUGAAAACCACGCCAUGGAAAGCAAUCUUUACUUCAAUGCCUGUGUACGCUAUCAUAGUGGCUAUAACUCAUUUAUUUCUAAUUACGUUGUUUGCCAUAUCAUUGCAGCUGAAAACCACGCCAUGGAAAGCAAUCUUUACUUCAAUGCCUGUGUACGCUAUCAUAGUGGCCAACUUUGCUAGGAGCUGGAGCUUCUACCUUUUACUGAUCUCUCAACCCAUGUACUUCAAGGAAGUCUUCCACUUUGAAAUAGACAAGUCUGGAGUACUAGGAGCCCUUCCUCACCUCCUAAUGACAUUAGUGGUCCCAAUAGGAGGACAGUUGGCUGAUUAUCUCCGCCGAAGGGAAAUUUUGACCACAACUUCAGUACGGAAAAUUUUCAACUGUGGAGGUUUUGGGUUAGAAGCAGUAUUCCUUCUGGUAGUGGGCUACACCCGUAACACUACGAUAGCUAUCACGGCGCUCACUGUGGCGGUGGGUUUCAGCGGGUUUGCAAUAUCAGAAUUGAUAACUAAACUGAUACCAGUUAAUUUCCUUGACAAAAAAAAAACAAGUAAGCCUUGUACAGCUGAGGAGUGGGAAAAAGUGUUCCUCAUUGCAAGUUUAAUCCAUUUUGGUGGAGUAACCUUCUACGCUAUCUUCGCCUCUGGGGAACUCCAAGCAUGGGCAGAAACUUCAACGAAAGACCAAGGUCCUUCUUGGAAUCCUCUCGAGAACGCGUUUAAAGACGAAAAUCAGCAACAAAACGGUGACGUCACAGGACCCAUCUCUAUUGCGGGAGUCAAACAAACAUCGUAUGGUGCGACAGUUGAUAGUCAACAACCAGUAUUUGACACGAAAGAGGAACUAGUACAAGCGCCACCAAGAGAUCGAUAUAUGCACGGAAGUGUCGAAGACAGAGAAUAUUGAAUUAGUGGUUAGUUUUUAGAUGUAAAAUGCCAAAGCAAUAUGAAUGUUUUGAAAUUAUUAUUACUAUUAUUAUCAUCAAUAAAACGCAUUUAUGUUAACAUUUCUCUGAAAAACAAAUGUGAGCUGACAAUGAUUAAUAGACUACAAUCUGUUAUAUUGAAUGUUGUGAUAAUUGUUGUCCCUCCAGUUUUCUUAGUUAUUUCUUGUAGAUAUGUUUUAUGAUAUUGGUGUUUCUGAUUCAGAGGGAGAAUUCUAUAUGAAAAAUAAAUACACACAAACCACAUUAAUUAUACAUAUUAAAAGCAUUUAACGCUUUUUUUUUCUCUU